AUGUCCCUCUCUCUACCCGGGCCUUCCCAGGCCGGCCUCUUCAAGCCUGGCUACCAGAGCCACGAUGCUGAAGAUGGUGCCGUCAUCCGCAAUAUUGAGGCCUGCCAGGCCAUUUCCCAGACUGUUCAAACAUCGCUUGGUCCGUAUGGUCGCAACAAGAUUGUCAUCAACCAUUUGCAAAAGAUGAUCCUCACAUCGGACGCCGCCACGAUCCUCCGUGAGCUCGAAGUUGUUCACCCCGCAGCUAAGUUGCUGGUGAUGGCCAGUCAACAGCAGGAUGCGGAGAUGGGUGAUGGAACCAACCUCGUCAUUGUUCUGGCGGGUGAACUGCUGAAGAAGGCUGAAGAAUUGCUGCGGUUGGGUCUGAAGACGAGCGAUAUUGUUCAGGGUUACGAGAAGGCACAGAACUUUGCGCUGAAGGUGUUAGAAGAUCUCGAAGUCGACCGCCUGCAGGAAUUACGUUCCCAAACCGAACUCACCAAGGCCCUCCGCACAGUUGUCGCCAGUAAGCAAUCCGGUACCGAGCAGCUCCUCGCUUCCCUCGUCGCCGAGGCCGUCCUGGCCGUCCUGCCCAAGAACCCCGUCAACUUCAACGUCGAUAAUGUCCGCGUCGUGAAAAUCAUGGGUGGAAGCCUGGAACAAUCCCGCGUGAUCAAGGGUAUGGUGUUUGGCCGUGAACCCGAGGGUUCCAUCAAGAAGGCCACCAAGGCCAAGGUCGGAGUCUUCAGCUGCCCGAUCGACAUCUCCCAGACCGAGACCAAGGGUACAGUGCUGCUCAAGAACGCGCAGGAAAUGCUCGACUUCACCAAGGGCGAGGAGGAGCGUCUUGAAGCCGCCAUCAAGGAGCUCUACGACUCCGGCCUCCGCGUCGUCGUUGCCGGCGCCCAAGUCGGCGACCUUGCCCUCCACUACCUCAACCGCUUCAACAUCCUCGUGAUCAAGAUUCUCUCCAAGUUCGAGCUCCGCCGCCUCUGCCGCGUCGUUGGCGCCACUCCCCUCGCCCGCCUCGGCGCCCCCAUGCCCGAUGAGAUGGGCUCUAUCGACGUCGUCGAAACCACCGAGAUCGGCGGCGACCGCGUUACCGUCUUCCGCCAGGAGGAUGCCACCGCCGUCACCCGCACCGCAACCAUCGUCCUCCGCGGCGCGACCCAGAACCACCUCGAUGACGUUGAGCGCGCCAUCGACGACGGCGUCAACGCCGUCAAGGCCAUCACCAAGGACCCGCGUCUCGUCCCCGGCGCCGGCGCCACGGAGAUUCAGCUCGUCGAGCGCAUCUCCGCCUUUGCAGACAGGACGCCUGGCCUGCCCCAGCACGCCAUCCGCAAGUACGCCGAGGCGUUCGAGGUCAUUCCUCGCACGCUCGCCGAGUCUGGCGGUCUCGACGCCACCGAGGUCCUUUCCCGUCUCUACACUGCUCACCACCGCUCCAACGAUAGCGCAGAAUCUGCUGGGGACGAUGGGAAGGAGGGUGAAGAGGAAGGUAGCUCUGGCGGUGACGAGACGGAGCCCUACUGGACCACUGGUGUUGAUAUUGAGGGUUCCUCCCCGGCUGGUACGCUGGACACCGUGGAGGAGGGGAUCCUUGACCUGCUCGCUUCUAAGAGCUGGGCGAUUCGUCUGGCUAGUGAGUCAGCUCGGACUGUUCUGAGCGUCGACCAGAUCAUCGUUGCUCGACAGGCUGGUGGGCCGAAACCCCCUGGUCCCAACGCUAACUGGGAUGAGGAUUAA